UGCGUCGGAAAAAGUUUACCGAAUGGUCUUCACUUUGCAGCCACGACAUGCCUAAGAUCAUAUCGAACUUAGUGUCCAAUAUGUCGAAUGACACGGCCUCGCAUGCUACCGGGGCAAAGUACACGGGCACGGAGUCAACGCAGCAGUCGAUUGGCUUUUGCGUGUCACCAUCGGCCAACGUGACGUGCGUAGGCAGUCGAUUGACUUCCCCUCCAUGCCCUUCGUCAAGAGGUUCCAACGGAUCGCUGCACCAUUGUUGCGACUUCAGUCCCCCUUGGUGCCCUUUGAAUUCACUGACGAAGCCCAGCACGCGUUCCAUACGCUGAAGACGGCGUUGCUUCAAGCUCCCGACUUGAGCAUCUAUGACCCGACCUUGCCAACCAAAGUGACUACGGAUGCUUCCGGCUACGACAUUGGCGCGGUUUUGGAACAGCAUGACGGUACAGACUGGCAUCCGGUUGAGUACUUCAGCCAAAAGGUGCCGCCCAUCAAUUCCCUUAAUGAUGCGAGGAAGAAGGAACUGCUAGUUCUCAUCACGGUACUUAAGCGUUGGCGUCACUUUCUCCUCGGGCGUCGACGAUUCACGUGCGCAACAGACAACAAUCCGUUGACUUAUUACAAGACGCAAGACACGGUGAGCAGCACGAUUGGUCGCUGGAUGUAUUUCAUUGACCAGUUCGACUUCACCUCCAAGCAUAUUCCGGGGCCCUCGAACAAGGCAGCGGAUGCUCUCUCGCGAAGACCCGAUCUUUGCACCUUGGUGCACUCCACAUUCGGCCUCGAUGAGGACCUGCAACAACAUUUCAUAAACGGCUACAAGUCGGAUCCGGGAUUCUCCACACUCUAUGCGGACUUAUCAUCGGAUCACCCGCCGACAAGCAGUUAUCGCAUCACCGACGGCUACGUGCUCCUCCAUAUGCGAGGCAAGGACUUGUUGUGUGUUCCCCAAGACCGCAUCUUGCGCACUCGCCUCCUUGGCGAAUACCACGAUUCGCGGCUGGCGGGACACCUUGGCAUCGCUCGCACACUUGCACGACUCCGCCAGCGUUUCCACUGGCCGGACAUCAUCAGCAACGUCAACCGGUAUAUUCAGUCAUGUGCAGUUUGCCACCGGAACAAAGGGCGCCAUCGGCUCCUAUACCGCGAACUGAAACCAUUGCCGAUUCCUCGGGAAGCAGGUCUCUCCAUUGCCAUGGAUGUCACCGGUCCUUUCCCUUGCGAUCGCCUUGGCGAUGAUGGUAUUCUCACGGUCGUCGACCGUUUAAGCAAGUACGCUCGAUUUCUUUCAUGCAAGUAUCAUGCGACGACUCCCGAGCUUGCACGUUUUUUGCAUACCGGCUGGUUUUGCAGCCACGGCGUUCCAGAAGACAUCGUCAGCAACCGCGACACUCGUUUCAUGUCAGCCUUUUGGACGACACUUAUGGUGGAAUCCGGCACCAACAUGAAACCGAGUUCCACACGGCAUCCUCAAAUGGAUGGGCAAACAGCACGUGCACACCAGAGUGCGCAGAUGAUGCUCCGCACACUCAUCCGCCCGGAUCAAAAGAACUGGGUUGACCGUCUUCCCGACAUCGAGAUCGCCUCACUUCGGUGCACCCGGCGAUCGGCGUGACUCCAUUCGAGUUGCAUCACAGUGGACAGAAAGGCCGUAUCUUCGCAAACAUUUUGCUUCCACAGGCUGCCGAUAUC